CUUCAUUACCAGAGGGCUUGGCCUGACAUUAAAAGAUUAGCUAGAUUGGAAGAGGUAUACAGUCUGUCCGGGUUGGAGUCUUCAUUAACAAAGUAAAGAACGCAUACGAACAGGUAACUAACACAUGGUGGCCUUACAUUUUGUUGCUUCGUAUAUUUAAAGAAAGUGCUUAGAUCAUUUUCUGGACUUAUUUAAAAAUGAUUUCAGAUUUUUUUUUUUCCAUUUAAUUUUCACGCUUAUUGUUUCUAUUUACCACUAUUUAACAUUAUGGAUUUUUUUUUUAAACUUAAAGAAUAAAAUCGCUAGCUCAGAAAUUAUUUUUAUUCACUAGUUUGCUAGUUUAAAGUUAAUUAAACAAUUUUAAAAAAAACAAAAAAAAAGUACUACAUUUUUUUAUCUUUACUUUUCAAUUGUCUAGAGUUUACUUUUAAAAAAAAAAAGAUAUUUAAUUAUUUUUUUUUGAAAAACGAACAAAACAUUCCUUUCAUUAAAAACUACCUCAGUCAUUUUAAAAGAAGUUUCGAUUUGCUACACUUCGAGUUGAACAGCAAUGGAGAUUAUCAUGAUGAAAUUGUGCUGCAUUCUGGCAAUGAUGAUCCCAAUGGUGAUGUCCGACUGUAAACUCAAUGGCCAGGUGAUUCCGAAAAGUUAUUUUAUUUGAAAUAUAUUAUUUAGGAACACUUUUAAUUGUUUGUAAUAUUAGCUUUUCAAAUCAAUUUAUCUUCUUUUUUCUUUUUAAGUUGACUAAUAGGAUAGGGAAAAUACAUGAGAUAAUAACAUAAUACAAUGUAAUUGUGUGAUAAUAUUGAUUUUCUGAAAACUAAAUAACAACUGUUGAAGUUUGUGUGGCCUUUUCAAAACCAAUACCGACAAAUGGUUUCAUCCUAUGCUGUUAAAGUGGUAAAAUGGGACAAUGGUAUUAAGAUUUAAACUGUAUGAUAAAUGGCUACUUAAAAUUACGGCACAUUACGAUCUUCCGAAAUAGGAAAAAAAUCAGAGCAUGUUGGAAAAAUAGAAAGUACAGUAAAAACAUUUGCUGAUCUAAAGAAAACAUGUCAUCGUCAGGCUAAUUAUUCAUACUAUCCAAUUAAAAGUUAAGAAAAACAAUUGAUUUGUUCAUUGUUUUCUUUAAAAAACUGGGUAAUAAGCUCAUAACCGAAUCCCCAGUUUUUUCCUUGCACAUUUGUUUAUGAUUAUUCUUAAAAGGGGCGCCUAAGUUAAGCUUUCCCGGGGGCCAGCAACAGUAGGACCGACCCUAACUCAAUGAUGGCAAUGUUACGACUAUCUUAAAAACCACACAUCGAGUGGGAACAGUGACAUGUCAGUUACGGUAAUUUAAAACAUAAUCUUAGUACCAGAAAAAAGGAAUUUUUAAAAUCUUUUAAUUUGUUGAAAACUGCAUGUGUUUGUUUGUUGAAUAAUUCUCUGUUGCUCAACAAAGAUUUAAGGUGCUAGUUAAAAACUUCUUUCGGUAAAUCUAAACAGUCUCAUUACCUUGAAAAGUCUCUUAUUUGACUUUUUUUUAGGUGUAUAAGAACGGAGAUAUGGUACCAUCACAAGACUGCAACAUCUGCACGUGUAUUGGUACAGGUAUUGCAUGCACUGAAGUGUUCUGUCCAAGUGUGACCUGCACUAUCAACGGAGUUGUAAGUAUAAAAGUUAGAUGUUAUAAGCAUGAAAGUGUACUCGAGCUACUCACAUCAAUAACGAAUACUGUUGGUGGCACAAAGUCAACUUGAACUGCUCAGCUUUAAAUUAAAAGGCGUUGACUUACUGAUCACUUAACCCUCCGAUGCUUCAUCUCAAUCAAAAUUCGCCAAGGGUUAACGAUCAAUAAUGUGGUAUUUAUAGGGAAGCAUUCUAACAAAGCAAUAAUUGAAAAUGACAUUACAAGGCACAAAUGAUUCAAAUAUUUGAUUUUAGAAAAAGGCUGUACUGUAGCGAAAAACCCAUGCAUUGGAAUAAUCAACAAAAUAAAUAAUAGCAUAUAAUUGAAUGAUUUAAAUUUUAAAAGGAACUUGGCAAAUGUUUAACAUUUAAUGGAACCCUGAGUCCGCCACCUUCAUCUUUUGUACCAAACAAAUUGUGCGGUAAAUUGAGUCUGGUUUAUUAGUAUGUAUGCAAAGUUAGGGUUGGGGUGGGAUAAGGGGCGGGAAUGUACGUUGAGUCAUCACAUGAGAGUUGCCUUUAAAAAAAUAAUCCUGCCUAAGUAAUAAAGAGAUCUUUAAUUGAAUCAUUUUAUUUACCUCGAGUGUGAUUUGUAUAUAUGAGUUAUUUACAGAUACGUUAUUUGAGACGAGUUUUUUUUCCCUCUUGUUUUAUAAGUUGUCGCAGAAAUAAAGCUAACUUAAGUAUAUCGAUAAAUAUCAUAUAAAAAAUCGAUUACAAAAGUUCAAGUAUUUUGAGAUUUAAACAAUAACGUUUUAAGUUAAUAUAAAGAGAUGCAGUCAGUUGUUUCUCUCUUAUUCUUCCAGAUCAGUCCCAUAAUCAUAUUCUAAAAGUUUUAAAAUAUCCUUAAAGGUUUACAAGAAAGGUGCCCGAGUACCUGUGGACAGCUGCAACACGUGUACAUGCAUGGGCUUAGAGAAAAUUGUAUGUACGGACAUGGCGUGCAUACCAAUCAUCAGGCCUCCAUCUGCACGCAUCUAGACAAGUGUUUCUUUCAGUCAUCUCUCCGUGAGAAGGGGCGAUAGCCCCCUCCCCACUUCCUUCAGGAGAAAAUGUGUAGCCUUCAAC